UUUGAGGACGUUAAGCCCUGCAUACACAUAAUAUGGGAGAUACGGCAUCGUCGAUUUGUACAGCGCAAAUUUACACUUUUGCAAGACUUAUAUACGCACGUUACUUAACUUUCUUGUUACGCAAAGCUUUUGGGGGGUUUUGUUUGUUUUUACAAUAAGUAGCUGAAAAAAAGACUUUGCUUUAAAGUUUUGUAUGUUUCUCUGUGAUUACGUAAUGUUUUGUAUGCGUGUGAAAACUCUAUUCUGUCUAUUCUAACCGGCCAUGUCAUAUAUUGAGAAUGUAGAUACAUUUAAUGAUAUAUUUUAGUACCUAGAUAUGUGAUUGACAGCUUGUCAAACCUGUAGUCAGACAGUUGCGGAGUGAGAGCGCGUGGGAGAGUGAGAGAGUUAAAAAAGUAGGAACGGAAGAAAGAGAGAAAGGGAUCGCCAGUGUUAGCGCUUGACUUUCGUCCUAUCAGCGGCGUCCUACGUGCCAUGCGGCGAUCUUCUGCAAGGUGAUCUGGCCGUCUGGGACCUGCGAUGCCCGACCUACCCUGCGCUGCAGGAGAGAAGGCGGAUGAGAGCGACAGCAUCGGGAAGCAGAGAGUGAGGGAGAGAGAGGGAGCUGGGAAGCGCGUCUUGCCGCCACAAGUAGCACUGCGGACGGACUGUGAGCAGAGACCAUGUGCAGUUCCUUGAGCCCGAAACAGCAGCAGCAGCCGGGACCCGGCCUGACGGACCUGCACCAGUACAGCCAGUGGUUGGCCAGCCGACAUGACGCCAGUCUGCUGCCCAUGCAGGAGGACCUGGCGCUAUGGCUGACCAGCAUGCUGGGCCAGGUGAUCACGGCAGAGAGCUUCAUGGAGCAACUGGACAACGGCUUCCUGCUGUGCCAGCUGGCCCAGACACUGGAGGGGAAGUUCAGAGAGAGUGAAGCCGGCAAGACGCUCCCCGGCCGGAGGAUCCCAUGCCGCGCUAGCGCCCCCUCUGGCUCCUUCUUUGCCCGGGACAACACAGCCAACUUCCUGUCGUGGUGCCGCGAAGUGGGGGUGGACGACACCUGCCUAUUUGAGUCUGAGGGCCUGGUUCUCCAUAAACAGCCGCGGGAAGUUUGCCUGUGUCUGCUGGAGUUGGGCCGCAUCGCUACCAGGUACAAAGUGGAGCCUCCGGGGCUAAUAAAACUGGAGAAGGAGAUUGAACAGGAGGAGGCAGUCCCCCUACCCCCCCCCUCACCUGCCUCGCCCUCCCCAGUCAAGUCUCCUGGCAGGAAGAGCACAGGCAAGCUGCUGGAUGAUGCUGUGAAGCACAUCUCAGAGGACCCCCCUUGCAAGUGCCCCAAUAAGUUCUGUGUGGAGAGGCAGUCCCAGGGCCGCUACCGCGUCGGAGAGAAAAUCCUCUUCAUAAGGAUGCUGCACAACAAACAUGUCAUGGUGCGUGUAGGGGGUGGCUGGGAGACGUUCGAGGGAUACCUCCUGAAGCACGACCCCUGCCGCAUGCUGCAGAUCUCCCGCGUGGAGGGCAGGACGCCCAACUUCAAGGAUCUUGCCCCCGACAGCUACCUCGUGGUGGCUGCUCAUCACAGGAGCAAGAAGUAGGGAGGGAACCUCCCCAUCCCAUCACCGGGACUGGAACAUCCCAGAUGAGCUGAUGUCGUUCAUAGCUGACACUUGGACUGACCAAUCAGAUUCCACUUUGGGGGCGGUACCUGGGUGGUGCCUUCCCAGUUGAGUGGUGCAGGAUGGUUUGGAGCGAAACUUUUUAUUCUAAUUUUUACGAGAAUUUCGCUUACUAUUGUAGAAGAACUAUAGCAAUGGUUGCCUGUAGAGAUAGAGGUGUAGGCAGGAACACGCAACUUAGUCUGUGUCAGGAUGAUGAACUGAACACAUGUUUAAGCUUCUGGAGAGAUGUUCUCCCACUGCCUGUUAUAACCUGUGGCUGACAGUCAGGGGGAGCCGGUUUCAAGCAUAACGGCCUUAGAAUUGAAAGUUCGUUACCCUCGGCUCCCCUGCUUAUAAAAAUGACCCAUGCAAAGAUUCCUUAUCCUUGCUCUGCCUACAAUCAGAAUGAAAUCACGUCUGAGGCGUCCUGCCAGUUUGCAAUGGGGUUCUGACUCCAUACUUUUCCCGCCUCAGUGUUUCCAUGAACAAAAAUGCCUGCGUUUCCACAGCUCAGCUCCUCAGGGUUUGAGCAGCUAAGCCAGUAAGGUGACCCAGUUCCUCAUUAAUAUGUGAGAGCCGGUGUCCCAUUGUUCUCCCAGAAGAUCUGCAUCUCCAUGGUCCUUACCUACUAGAAGCUGGCCUCUAGUGUUAAGACCUCUCGACUGGUUCUUAUCAAGGCUUCCCAGUCCUGGUCUUGGAUGAUGGACAGUUAGGCUUGUUUGAGCUUCUGAGAAAAUUACGUUUUUCGUUAUUAUAGAAAUUAAACACAAAAAUUAACUUCUUAAGCUUUUCGUAUUUGUGUUCCUUAAAAGUAAUAACCUAUAAUUGUAAUUGUCAUUAUUUCAUCUUUCUUUUUUCAUGAAUGAUUACUUAACGAGUUUCUUGCCAUUGAGCAUUUUAUAUAAUCACUGAUUAAACGUUAUUAACCCGACACCUUAUUUAUGCUGCAUAUUUUGAGGGCUGUAAAUAAAUCACACCUAUAUAGAACAUAUCUGACAUUAUGAUUAGCAAAAGCAUCCCUGUUUCUUCAAAGUGUUCAUAUCUUUUUAACCUAAGUGGGACCAUCUAUGCUGAUCAUUUUAAGUACUCUAAUCAAGAAUAAUUAAUUGAGAAAUUAACCUGAAUGAAAUUCUCUCCUUACUGUGAAUUGCUAGGACCAGGAUUAGGAAAUUCCCAAAAUAUCGCGUCCAUCCUUUUACCAGGACGUUAAUGGUGUUAAUAAUGAUGUUGCAAAAUGCUGUCCGCCAUCACCUGGUUCAUACCAAAGACCCAGCUGCUAAUGUGGAUGCGACUGAGGAAUCAUGGACAAUCAUAGGGAUGUUGGAAUGUUCCCCGUACUUUAAUGACACUGAUUACUGUUAGUUGAUACUAAUCAUUAUUAUUGUAGCCUCAGUUUAGAGACUUCUAUACGCCAUCUAGAUGCUCAAAAUGAACAAAGCCCCAUUCUGCUUGCUAAGGGUGAGUCUGUCUUGUCACACUUUCCUUGAAGUGAGAGCAAAUGUUAUAAGAAAUGCCAAAUAUGGAUGUUUUUUAAACAUGUACAAGUUCCAGUGCCAGAGUUGGCUAAUUCAAGUACAGUGAGAAAAUAUCCAGACCGGGAUUUUGUUUCAACCAACCAGUUGAGUACUCUGUGACUGUGACUCUUUAUACUGAACUGGUUGGUUGAAACAAAAUCUUGGUCUGGACUUUUACUCUUUGGACCCGAAUUACCCACCUCUGUCCUGUGCACACCAAAAUGAUACAAUCACAUUAGCAUGUGGUUACCAUCAAUGGCCGUAUGCAGAUUUUUAUGCUUGAAUCAUUUAAAAUGUGUCCUCUGUAAUGAUAAAUGUUUAUUUCUUUUUUUCCUCUCCUUUAUGUAGGCUUUUGUCCAAUCAAUAGACUUGAUUUGAAAAGUAAAGGAACCCUUUCAUCUGA